GAUGAAGCAGGUCAACAGCUGAGAGAACAGGACAGUUUGUGACUCUACAUUCCCCUCAACACACUCUCAGUUUAUGAGUUUCCACUUCUCAUUUCGUCCUCCUCUUCCUUCUUCUUCAUCUCUCCUGUAAAAACUUUUUGUCCUGGCCUGAAGAGCUUCUGUCCCUCUGGAUUUUCUUCUUCUGGGACUGAAUCAUGGAGCUGUCGGAUAUCUCCUUCCCCAUCCCUGCCGCUGAUGAUUUCUAUGAUGACCCCUGCUUCAAUACCAGUGACAUGCACUUCUUCGAGGACCUGGACCCCCGGCUGGUCCAUGUGGGCCUGCUGAAGCCGGACGACUCCUCCUCUUCAUCCUCAUCCUCCCCUUCCUCCUCCUCGUCGUCCUCUCCGUCAUCCCUCCUGCACCUCCAUCACCACGCCGACGCGGAGGACGACGAGCACGUCCGCGCCCCCAGCGGGCACCACCAGGCGGGUCGCUGCCUGCUCUGGGCCUGCAAGGCCUGCAAGCGAAAGACCACGAACGCGGACCGGCGGAAGGCGGCCACGCUGCGGGAGCGCCGGCGGCUCAGCAAAGUCAACGACGCCUUCGAGACCCUGAAGCGCUGCACGACAGCCAACCCCAACCAGCGGCUGCCCAAAGUGGAGAUCCUGCGCAACGCCAUCAGCUACAUCGAGUCCCUGCAGGCGCUGCUGCGCGGCGGGCAGGACGACGGCUUCUACCCGGUGCUGGAGCACUACAGCGGGGACUCGGACGCCUCCAGCCCCCGUUCCAACUGUUCCGACGGCAUGACGGAUUACAGCGGGCCGAGCUCUCAGUCCACCAGAAGAGGAAGUUACGACAGCAGCUCGUACUUCUCCGAGACUGCAGACGGCGGACUGAAGAGCGACCGGAGCUCGGUGGUCUCCAGUCUGGACUGUCUGUCCAGCAUAGUGGAGCGAAUCUCCACCGACAGCAGCGGCCUGCUGCCGACCGUCGACGGCCCUGGGUCCCCUCCCACAGAGCCAUCCAGAGAGACGGCGGCCCUGGGGCCAGUCCAUAUCCCCUCCCCAACCGCCAGCCAGGACCCCAGCCUGAUCUAUCAGGUCCUAUAGACCUUCACCCCCGGGAUUCUUUAUCCAGUCACUCAGCUCCACAGAUCCACACUGCAAGCAUCUGGAAGCUCCGUCCCGCCACAGAAAUAAUUAAAUGUGAGAUCGUACAUGAAGUUUGUCAAAAAGAAUCUUCCUCACUCGCUGAGCUGCCACAGUCUUCAUCAGUGGACUGAGUUUGAUGUUUUAUCAGAUCUGAUGUUUGUGUGCUGAUAAAGACUGACAGCUUUGGAAAUGGGUGAGACCUUUUCAAACAACAACAGAUGGUUUAAAUCUUAAUUCAGUCUUAAGUCAGCAGCUGUAAAAAAAAAAAUUCAGUGACAGAUUUUAUUAUUUUUCUGAGUUUGCCAAAUGAAAAGUUGAUCUUAUUGUUCCAGACUAAAUAUACUGAAGUUAUUUUCCCAGCACAGACGACCUUCCACACCUGCUGUUUAAAUUGUUUGAGACGGGGACGAAAGCUCCUGAAUGCUGGGAGAACUUCUGAUCAGGUUCACUGAGUUCACAUCCUGCUGUAUUUUUAAGAGAAGAUUUUUCAAGUCUUUCAGAUGGAUUUGUACUUCAUGUCUGUGCAUUAAUGUAUUCGCUGAAGGACGGCGGCCAAAACAAAACAGAAAAUCAUCCAUUUACAUUCCUGCACUCUGGUCCAUCUGAACCCCAGCUGUUGGCUUCCCUCAGGAGAACACGACUGCAGUAACCCUGUUACACCGAGGCUGUACUAAUACUACAGUUCAGUACAGGCAGCAGAGCUCCUUCCUGGCCCAAUCAAAGUCAGAACUCACUUGUUUUCAGUCGGAGGACCAUUUUUCUGUCUGUACAUAUGAUGUAAAUAAGAGACGAUUUGUUCCAGCCGAAUGGAUUAAUUAUGUAUUUAAAGUUUCUGUCUGUAUGAGCUUGUUUGUUGUGAAAAUGUUAAACUUUAUAUUUAUACACUUGAAAACUGAGUGAAGUCGAAUGACAAAUAAAUCAACCUGCUUAUUUAUACAAAACUGA